AGGGAAAGAACUCGGUCCUGUUUCCGGUUUCAUAGUUUUGUCUGGAAGUUGUCGGCGAAAAUGAACACAUUUCUGUCAAGAUUGAACACCAUAUUUGCCUUUACACUUAGUGUAAUGGCAGCUUUGACAUUUUGUUGUUUUCUCACAACAGCGUUUAAUCUCCAUAAACAACCGCUGACCGUAUCUGCAGGAAAAGUGUCCGUCAAGAACGUCCCCGACUACUCAGCCGAUAGGGAAAAGAGUGAUCUUGGAUUCGUUACCUUCGACCUGCAAGCUGAUCUCCAGCCUCUGUUCAACUGGAAUGUCAAACAGCUAUUCCUCUACCUCACAGCUGAAUACCAAACACCAGAUUACAAGCUGAAUCAGGUCGUGCUGUGGGACAAGAUUAUCCAGCGCGGAGACAACGCCAUCAUCGACUUGAAGAGUUCCAACACCAAAUACUACUUCUGGGACUAUGGCAAUGGGCUGAAGGGCAACAAGAAUGUGACCAUGACGUUAUCCUGGAACGUGAUUCCCAAUGCUGGGACCCUGCCCAAGGUGAUGGGAGACGGCAGCCAUUCCUUUACCUUCCCUGACCAGUACAGUGCAGGCCGCUUCUAGCCCCGACUCCCACCAGCUCACACCUGUAGGAAGCGAGGAGUUGUUCUGUACUGCUUCAUUACUUCAUCAUUCCCCUCCUUGGUCAUACUUUUCACAGUUUCUCCUGUUUAUUUGUUGAUAAUUGCUCACCCAGAUAACAGCUGACCAGUUUAGUUUUGAGUCAGACGUAACUUUUGUGGAAGUAAAUUUCUUUUUUAAAUGCUUUGGUUUGUUUCGAAUUUGUAUUUUUGAAAUGUUGUGUUUUUGUAUAUUUGAGGUUUUAUGUUUCGAAAGUUAACCUUUAAGGAAAACAGGGAACAUUAAACCUGUAAAACAAGGAAACAAGUUGAGCAGGUCUACGAGUUUCAGUUUCGAAUAAGUGACGUUCAGUUAUAAAUAUGUUACGUCCAGUGAGGAAUAUGUUAAAUCCAGUUAGAAAUAGGUUACGUCCAGUUAGGAAUAGGUAACGUCCAGUUAGGAAUAUAUUAAAUCCAUUUAGAAAUACAUGUAGGUUACGUCCAGUUAGGAAUAUAUUAAAUCCAUUUAGAAAUACAUGUAGAUUGCGUCCAGUUAGGAAUAUGUUACGUCCAGUUAGGACUAUAUUAAAUCCAUUUAGAAAUACAUGUAGGUUACGUCCAGUUAGGAAUAUAUUAAAUCCAUUUAGAAAUACAUGUAGGUUACGUCCAGUUAGGAAUAUGUUAAAUCCAUUAAGAAAUACAUGUAGGUUACGUCCAGUUAGGAAUAUGUUAUGUCCAGUUAGGAAUAUGUUAAAUCCAUUAAGAAAUACAUGUAGGUUACAUCCAGUUAGGAAUAUGUUAUGUCCGGUUAGGAAUAUGUUAAAUCCAUUAAGAAAUACAUGUAGGUUACAUCCAGUUAGGAAUAUGUUAUGUCCGGUUAGGAAUAUGUUAAAGCCAGUUGGAAAUACAUGUAGGUUACGUCCAGUUAGGAAUAUAUUAAAUCCAUUUAGAAAUACAUGUAGGUUAUGUCCA